GUCUGGGUCCCUUUCGAGCCGCAGCCUCUUGCAUUUGCUCUCUCUUUUGCUGAUUGUGGCACGAAGAUAACGAAUUAAGAGUCGCGGGAGGUGAGAGCAAACACCUCCCCUGCAGCCGCAGCGCGCUCCGGGUGACUCUUCCUCGCUCGCUUACAAGACAAUAGAAAUUAAGGAGGGGGAGAAAAUGACUGAUCCUUCUGUAUGAGAGAAUGGAUGAGCCCGGGAUGACCUGUUUUUUUCCUUGCGGUGGAGCGGUGCUGAAGACAGAGGGCACCAGCGCCCAGCCCACAGCCGUCGCCCCGCCGCCAGCACGCCAGCUCGGGGCGGCCGGAGAGUCGCCGGUGCCCGCUCCGAGCAGGCAGGGAGCAGCUGCCUCGCCCGGCCAGGUCAAAAAUCCCUAGGAUGACGGCUGCCUUGACAUCUUCGAGAGCAGUGCUGUAAGACUUCGCUGUGAUGGUAUUUGGAGUAACUUGGGCACUGGCGGGGGGAAGCAGAUGCUAUUUCCUACAUGUCCUUAAACCAUGUGCAGGCAAGAGGAGCCCAUGAAAUUCGUAACCUGGGUCUGGAUGACAUCCUGCAACAAAAUGAUUGGUGUGUUGCUGGUCUUUUUCCCUGCUCUGCUCCUGGAGAUGGACGUGAUGCCCAGGAGCGCUGGGCGGAAGGUGCUUCUCUCUGCAGCCUCCUCGCAGCGGUCUGUGGCUCGGAUGGAUGGGGAUGUCAUCAUCGGGGCUCUCUUCUCCGUCCAUCACCAGCCACCGGCUGAGAAAGUGCCCGAGAGGAAGUGCGGGGAAAUCCGGGAGCAAUACGGCAUCCAGAGAGUUGAAGCCAUGUUUCACACUUUGGAUAAAAUUAAUGCCGACCCGGUCCUGCUACCUAACAUCACCCUGGGCAGCGAGAUCCGAGACUCCUGCUGGCACUCCUCGGUAGCCCUGGAGCAGAGCAUCGAGUUCAUACGGGACUCCCUCAUCUCCAUCAGGGACGACAGAGAGGGAGGAACCCGCUGCGUUUCUGACUCGCAGUCUCAGCCCCAGACCCGAGUGAAAAAGCCCAUCGCGGGGGUCAUCGGCCCCGGCUCCAGCUCCGUUGCUAUCCAAGUCCAAAACCUGCUUCAGCUCUUUGACAUCCCCCAGAUCGCUUACUCCGCCACCAGCAUCGACCUAAGCGACAAAACCCUGUACAAAUACUUCCUCCGCGUGGUCCCCUCCGACACGCUGCAAGCCAGGGCCAUGCUCGACAUUGUCAAGCGCUACAACUGGACCUACGUCUCCGCCGUCCACACGGAAGGAAAUUAUGGGGAAAGUGGAAUGGAAGCCUUCAAAGAGCUGGCUGCCCAAGAGGGUCUCUGCAUUGCUCACUCUGACAAGAUCUACAGCAAUGCUGGGGAAAAGAGCUUUGAUCGCCUGCUGCGGAAGCUGCGAGAAAGAUUACCGAAGGCUAGAGUGGUGGUUUGCUUCUGCGAGGGAAUGACAGUGAGGGGGAUCCUCAUUGCCAUGAGGCGCUUGGGAGUGCUUGGGGAGUUCCUGCUAAUUGGAAGUGAUGGUUGGGCAGAUCGAGAUGAAGUUAUUGAAGGCUACGAACCUGAAGCAAACGGAGGCAUCACUAUCAAACUGCAAUCUCCAGAGGUCUUGUCAUUUGAUGACUACUAUCUGAAGCUGCGUCUGGACACCAAUACCCGCAACCCCUGGUUUCCCGAGUUCUGGCAGCACAGAUUUCAGUGUCGCAUCCCAGGGCACCCAUUAGAGAAUGCCAACUUCCAGAAGAACUGCACCGGCAAUGAAAGCCUAGAAGAAAAUUACGUGCAGGACAGUAAAAUGGGAUUUGUCAUCAAUGCUAUAUAUGCUAUGGCUCAUGGGCUACAAAAUAUGCAUCAUUCUCUUUGCCCUGGACAUGUUGGUCUGUGUGAUGCUAUGAAGCCAAUUGAUGGCAGCAAGCUGUUGGAGUUCCUCCUCAAGUCCUCAUUCAUCGGUGUUUCUGGAGAAGAAGUUUGGUUUGAUGAAAAGGGAGAUGCUCCUGGAAGAUAUGACAUCAUGAACCUGCAGUACAUAGAGCCCAACCGUUAUGACUACGUCCUCAUUGGGACCUGGCACGAGGGUGUGCUUAACAUUGAUGACUAUAGGAUUCAAAUGAACAAGAGUGGAAUGGUCCGGUCAGUGUGCAGCGAGCCUUGCUUGAAAGGCCAGAUUAAGGUGAUCAGGAAAGGAGAAGUGAGUUGCUGCUGGAUUUGCACUGCUUGCAAAGAGAAUGAAUUUGUUCAGGAUGAAUUCACAUGUAAAGCCUGUGAGCUUGGCUGGUGGCCGAAUACUGACCUGACAGGCUGUGAACCCAUCCCCGUAAAGUACCUCCAGUGGAGCAAUAUAGAGUCUAUUGUGGCUGUGGUCUUUUCCUGCCUGGGAAUCCUGGUCACCAUGUUUGUCACCCUUAUCUUUGUGCUCUACAGGGACACCCCUGUUGUCAAAUCCUCCAGCCGGGAGCUCUGCUACAUUAUCCUUGCUGGCAUUUUUUUGGGUUACGUCUGCCCUUUCACCCUUAUAGCUAAACCCACCACGACAUCCUGCUACCUCCAGCGCCUUCUGGUGGGUCUCUCAUCUGCCAUGUGCUAUUCUGCACUUGUAACCAAAACCAACCGCAUUGCACGCAUCCUGGCAGGCAGCAAAAAGAAGAUCUGUACCCGCAAGCCACGUUUCAUGAGUGCAUGGGCCCAAGUGGUAAUUGCCUCCAUUUUGAUCAGUGUGCAGCUGACACUGGUUAUCACGCUGAUCAUCCUGGAGCCUCCCAUGCCCAUCCUCUCCUACCCCAGCAUUAAGGAAGUUUACCUUAUCUGCAACACCAGCAACCUAGGCGUCGUGGCACCUGUGGGCUACAAUGGACUCCUGAUCAUGAGCUGCACGUACUAUGCCUUCAAGACUCGCAAUGUGCCUGCCAAUUUCAACGAGGCCAAGUACAUUGCAUUCACCAUGUACACCACUUGUAUCAUCUGGCUGGCCUUUGUGCCCAUCUAUUUCGGGAGCAACUACAAGAUCAUCACCACCUGUUUUGCAGUGAGCCUGAGUGUGACAGUGGCACUGGGGUGCAUGUUCACCCCUAAGAUGUACAUCAUCAUAGCUAAGCCUGAGAGGAACGUCCGCAGUGCCUUCACCACCUCGGAUGUGGUGCGUAUGCAUGUCGGGGAUGGCAAGGCACCUUGCAAGUCCAACACUUUCCUCAACAUAUUCCGGAGAAAGAAGCCAGGGGCUGGAAAUCCAAAUUCUAAUGGAAAGUCUGUGUCAUGGUCUGAACCAGGUGGAAGACAAGCUCCCCAGGGGGAACACAUGUGGCACAGACUCUCAGUUCAUGUCAAGAACCAGGAGACAGGGUGCAAUCAGACAGCAGUGAUCAAACCCCUCACUAAAAGCUACCAAGGCCAAAGCAAGAGCUUGACUUUUACUGACAUCAGCAGUAAGACUCUGUGCAAUGUGAUGGAGGAAGAAGUUAAAGAGCCCAUUCACCUCAACCAGCCCAGCAGCCCCUCCAUGGUGGUGCACAGACGGGUGGCGACAACCCCCCCGCCGCAGGACACAUCGGAGGAGACCCACCUCUUCUUGCCUGAGCAGUCCCCCAAGACCCUGCCCCUGCAGCCACAGUCUCUCAUGGACCAGUUGCAAGGAGUGGUCAACAAGUUUGCUACUGGCAUCCCGGACUUCAGCGCUGCCCUCUCCACGCCCAGCUCAGGGAACGGUGUGCGGCCCCCCUGUCAGCCCCCUCAGCCCCAGCAGCCUCCCUUACUGCCUCUCCACGUGGCUGCUUUCAGCGAGGAGCCCCUGUCUCCCCCAGCUGAGGGAGCAGAUAGCGAAAAGCUGAAGCUCAUUCAGGGAUACAUCUAUGAGAAGAAUCCAGAGGAGGAGGAGGAGGAGGAGCCAGUGACCAGCAAACUGACUCUGGAAGACUCUCCAGCACUGACACCUCCAUCCCCUUUCCGGGAUUCAGUGGCUUCAGGCAGCUCCAUACCCAGCUCCCCAGUCUCAGAGUCGGUGCUCUGCACCCCUCCAGAUGUGACCUAUGCCUCUGUCAUCCUGAGGGAUUAUAAGCAAAGCUCAUCCACCCUGUAGACUCUGCAAGAAACAAGACAAGAAGGACGUUGGCAGCUGCCAGCUGAGAGGUCUUGGGGAGAUAAGUUCUUCAGGGCUGGGAGGAGAGAGAGCAGAGAACAAAGUCAUAUAUGACAGGGCAAAAAAAUCAUCCUACACUUAAAUAAACAAUGAAAGAAAAAGAAAAAAAAUCCAUUCUGAGUGCUCAAAAUUCUCUAGAUGUUAAAAAUAAUACUAUUGUACUUUGACAAAAUGAUGGGAAACCAUAACAAAGCACAAACCUAAAAGACAAAUUCUAUAGCAAAAAAAAGUUAAUGCACACAGUGAAAAAAAAAAAAAAUCACACUUAGUCACAACUUCUCUUGGCAAAGCUUGAAAUGAACUCUGGGAAGUGUGACCUAGAGAAGCCAUUAACACAUCUCGUGGCUGCUGUCUGUCUGCUAUGGAAGCAACACACCCAGGAACUGGAAGGGCAGAGUGUGGUGAGGAGGAACCAAGCUACUUGUAUAUGAGACAGAGAUGCAUAAAUAUUUUUUUCCCUGGUUUCUAUAGAUGGUAUAACUGCGUAAUGUGUUUGGGGGGAGAGGAGCUUAGAUAAUGUGAAACCACAUGGCUCUUACUGACUUUUGUCUGAACAAUUUGUUCUUCAUACUAGACUGCUUUUGGGGAGAUCUGAGCUUUUUUUAACAUUGUGAACAGAGUGAGAAAUAUGAUCAAGACUCGAGAGGUUUCUGAAGAGAGCCUUUGCUGCCCUUUUGUAUAAGAUUGCAAACCAUGUGGCUAAACUGUUACACAGUUUUCUGUAGCAGAACAAUAUUUAUUGACUAACUUUUCAUAUUCAACAUAUUUGCCAUGUGAUUACAUCAUUCUUUUGUGUUACUUUGGAGUCAAAUACAUUGGAAAAUAGCUGUAUACUUAGAGCAACAACUAUUACUCUGAAAGAAUGGCAAUUCCAAACCGAGGGUUAUAAAGUCAGUCUCUAAGCAAGAGAGUGAACGUACGUUUAUGUUUCUGUAUGCGUGUGUAUGGUAUGUGUGAAGCGUAAUGUCCAAAAAAUGGAAGAUUGUCUUAUAUACUAUGAAUAUUUUUAUGUUUAAAUCAUGUUUUAUAUCGCAUUGUUACAAAUAUUCAAUAGAUCUUUGGGGGUUUGUAUGCUGUGCUAACACAUUGUUUUUCAUAUACAAGCUGAGGCAGUUGUUACCCUUAUAACAGGGUGCUUUAUUUUGCAGAUAUUUUAUGAAGUAGACAUAUGGUAUUAAUAACCAGUGCAUUGAGAAAUUGUUAUUUUACAUGUUUGCCGAAAGUGUGGUUAACAAAAAAAAAAUGAAAAUGCAAAAAGAAAAAAGUCAGGUUUAGAAAUCUUGCAUUUGCCCACAUAAAGGCGAGACAGGAAAAGUAAUUCAAAUAGUUCAUUGCUUCAGAUAAUGUAAAAUAAAAUCAUGUCCAGACAGGAGAUUUCAUCAGUGCUUAAUGUGUGUAUAAAUUCCUAUUUUUUUAAUAGACAUUUCUUUUAAUCUCUUUAUGAUGUUUAGUUGCAUGUUCUUGCCUUACGCUUUCUCUUCUUCGAUUUAAUAUACAAUAUUUUAUCUUAAAGGUCACUUCUAGGCAGCUUCCUUCUCCUCUGUCAUUCAUGUUUCCUAGAGUUGGGCCUAAUCCAAAACUUCUGAAUGGCUGGCAUGUUCAAAGUCCAGGUCUAAUUGCUGCGGCUAGAAUUUAACAAUACUUAUUAUUACCUUAUUUAUGAAUAUACAUAUUAUACAUAUACAGGACAGGGUUUUAGCUGCUGUAAACUUUGACUGUGCUGUUGAAUUUAGUUAAGGAUCUGUCCCACAAUUCUACUCUUUAUUUCCAAAGAUACUUUUAAGGAAUCUCUCUUCAUGAUAACAUAGUUGCAAGACCUAAUUUUAACUGUGCUUAUUGUGAAUAUUCUUUGAGGGGUAUUCUGAAUUAAGCAUAUUUCUACUCUUUCUCUUUACUUACACUUGACUUUUAAGAAAUCCUGCUGCCAGUCAUUCUUCUCUGAAGAUCCAAAUCUCACUGUUUUUCUCUAAUUAAAUGGUAGUGGUAUUGGAAGGUUUGACUGGUGCUCAAAAUCGGAUACAGACUUUUGUCCUCAUCGUCUUUUCAUGAUAUCUGCUCCUUUCAGUAUAACUAGUGGUAAAUUGCUAUCAUCAUCCCAUUGUGGAGAGCAUGAAAUGACUUUGCCCAAAGACACGAUUAUGUCUUUGUCAGCAGACUGAUGUCUCUAUAAUGAACUAAAGACACCUGCAGGUCAGUUGGUUGAUUUUUGUCUGCUUGGGGCUUUUAGAGGAAUAUUUUUUGUUAUUGCUUCUUUUUUUUAAUGCUGAUUACUCAUUAAAGCAAUGAGAAAAAUACCGUAUUUUCUUUGCUGAUCACUGCACUGGUAAUGAAUUCUAUCUUUUUAUAAUCUUAGUACAAGAUUUGUUGUGCUAUUUCCAAAAAACAUAUGUUGUCAGUAGCACGGAGCUAGUGCUAGGAAGCAGGUCUUUGAAGAAAUGAGAAUUUUAAGAAGAAGAAAUUUAACAUCAUAUAGAUGGGAGAUGGUAAUGUGGCAAAGUACUAUUGUCUUCAUAUCCGUCUGUUUUGAACAUAUUAAGCACUGAUUUUAUUACUGCAAUGUAAAUACAUAAUGAGUAGAAGUUUUCUUGAAAUUCAGUAUAUUAGCUUUUAGUUUGUAGUUGUUAAAACUGGAAACAUACACAUACGUAAAUAUAUCUAAAGAGCGAGAACUCACCUUGUGUAUGUAGUCGUAUGAGCUAUGAAGCUUUCUGUAAAAGUUUUUUCUUUUGGUCUAUCUAAUGCUUGAUGAAAACUGCCUUUUUGUCAAAAUGAU